AUGGCGACCAAUCAUUCUCCUCCCCUCGUUUCUGCAGGGCCCUUGCUCCUCCCCGUCCAGCUCAUCCCGCGACGAAACGCAAGAUCCAAGCAGCGCUUUUAUCGCCUCAGCAAACCCAAGGUCCGCAGUGGGUGCUUGACGUGCAAGACUCGACGCGUCAAGUGUGACGAGGGAAAACCAGCGUGUGCGCGGUGUAUUCGUGGGGAUUUUGUGUGCGAUGGGUAUGAGACGCAGCCUCCCAAGCUUGAGAUUGUCCCCGUGUCGCCUACUCAGGUCGUGCCGGUAAAGUUCCUGCCGCUGGCUCCGUCUACGCUGCCUGGGCUCGAUGGACACAGUGUACCGUACCUCGAUGCCUUUCGGUAUCACGUGGCACCGGAGCUCUCGGGGAGCUUUUACAUGGAUUUCUGCGAGGGGACGAUUCUUACUGGUGUGCAUCAAGAUGACUCCAUUCGUCAGCUGGUGCUAGCACUUGGCGCCUUAACCCUUGCUAUCGCCGAUGACGCGAGGGAUACGAAGCAGUCUAUCGUGCAAGCGAAACCUUCACCGCUCAAGGUUUGGGGGCCGAGCAGUAUCAAGAACAGAAAUCACGCUGCGUCGCUGAAGCAUUACCUCAAGGGUGUUCAAGGUCUUCGCGAGCGAUUAAAGCUCGACCCGGCUCAUGUCUCCGUACGGACCAUGACGGUCAUGACGAUUCUUAUGGCGUUGUUUGAGAUUCUGCAAGGGAACCAUCGGUCGGUGGACAGUAUACUGAAAAGUGUUACUGCUCUGUUGAACGAACAUCUUGCGCAGCAGAGGAGCACGGAAGGUAGUCAAGCCCACGACGUAGUGGCGCUGAAAGACCCGGAAUUCAUCAAGUCAUUUCAUCUACGCGGCCGAAUUCUAUACAAACAAGCGCUGUCAUGGCGUGAGGUGAUCCGGGCGUAUCUCAAGAGCGACCUUGACGAGGAUCAUCUUCACCGGCUGAAGUUACUGGAGAUACACUGCAUUAUAUCAGAGAUCCACUUGGAUUGUAUCCUAAUACCGUGCGACUUGUCUUAUGACCGGUACGAGGAGACAUUCAAAGCUCUGCUUGACGACUGCACAGCGUGGUUAAAGCAGCAGGUCCGCAACGGUGUUCCUCGACAUAUCACUCUCGGCGAGGGUAUACUGCUUCCACUGUCCGGUAUCGCUCGUCUAUGUCGAGUUCACGAUGUCCGUAUGGAAGCACUAUACCUCAUACAAAGUGUAACCUGGCAAGAGGGUGCUUGGGAUCCUCAGUUUCUAGCACUGGGAGAGCUUGGUACUGUGGUGAUGGAGGAGCGAGGCAGGGAAGAGAGUGGGUUCAUACCAGCGUCCUCGAGGUGGCUUUGGGUGAGUAACGUGGAUGGAGAAAAGGAAGAGGAUGGUCCUCUUGGGCUUUACAUUUCUCGGUUCUUGGGUGAGAAUGGACAGCCGCUGGUACGAGUGAUACCAUAUGAUAGCUCAUGGUGGGAUGAGCCAUAUACCGUUGUCUCUCUCAAUACUUCCCCACACUACUAUCAAUUCAAAGACUACAAAAUGUCAACUGAACCCUAUCUCAACGCAGUCACCGCGCUUGAACGCUUCAUGCCAUAUGAGCUUGGACGUCAGCUGCAGCGCUUCCACGACGACCAUCCCAGUUCGCUUCCCAUGCUCACAGACAAGGACUGGGAAUGGAUUCGCGACGUGUGCACAAAGCCACGAACCCAGCCAGGCGAAGAACGAUACCCUGCUGAGCGGGUUACUAGCGCAGAGCCAAUCAACCAUUUUCUGCCUCGUUGGCGCAGAUAUAUGAGAUAUAAGCAUCCUUAUAAGGGAUAUAGGAUUGGGUAUUGCAGGAGAUUCAAGCAUGACAAAAGUCGGGAUCCCAGAUUGAGAACGGACGAUAACCCUGAGCCCGAGGGACAGGAUUCUGGCCAGGAUGAAGCCACCGAGAUGAACCAGGGUGAUGGAAGCAGCGUCGCACGCGAAGCUGGCUCUGAACAGGAGGGCGAGGGUUAG